AGACGGAACAGAUGAAACGAAACGUCUGUAAUGGUAUGCAAUCUACAGUCCCUAAAGUCAAAGCCUCGAAAUCUCUCUCUCUUUCUGGGAAGAAAAUGAAACAUCUGCUAUUCGAGUAUUAUGGAACUUGCAAUUCUGAGGAAGGUUUUCGAUUACUAAAAGACUAUGCGACGCGGCAAUUCAAUGCUUUCCUCUGGAUUUCUCUUGUUACCAUCACUGCUCUCUUGCUCGAGAAGCUUUUCAAGUUGUUUAGUUUAUGGUCUAAAGCGAGGAGAAUCGCCGGGCCUCCUUGUUCUUCCUUCUUCGGGCAUAAUCACUUUGGUUCCCGCGGGAAUUUCAUCGACCUGUUGUCGGAGCUGCACAAUAAAUAUGGAUCAGUUUUCAAAUUGUGGUUGGGGCCUACUCAGCUUCUGGUAUCCAUAAAGGACCCAGAACUUAUCAAAGAGAUGCUUUUGAAGGCUGAGGACAAAUUGCCUAUUACUGGGAAGGCUUUUCGUUUAGCCUUUGGCCAAUCAAGCCUUUUCUUCUGCUCCUAUGAACAGGCAGAAAAAAGGAGAGAGUCAUUGGCAUUGCAGUUGAAUGAAAAGUUGCUUGGUAGAGCAGAUAUAUUUCCUAAAUCUGUCAUAGAUUCUAUCAUGGAAAGAAUAGAUGAGAUCAUGAGCGAAGGAGGUGUUGAUUGUAAAAUUGUUUCUCAACAUAUGGCUUUUACCAUUUUGGGGACAACACUCUUUGGAGAAGCAUUCUUGGCAUGGUCUAAGGCAAAUUUCUACGAGGAUCUUUUAAUGAUGAUUGCUAAAGAUGCCUCCUUUUGGGCCUCAUAUAGAGUUACUCCCUUCUGGAAACAGGGAUUUUGGAGGUACCAAUCUUUAUGUACAAAUUUGAAAUAUUUAACUCAGGAUAUGGUUCAACAAUGCAGAAAAAACUGCAAACUUUUUCAUCAUGUGGAUCAAAACUCAAAGUUUGAAACUGUCAAAUACGGGAUGAAAACUGCAUCUGGCAUACCCUCAUCUGGUGUAGUGUUGCAAGAUAAAUUCUCAAGGAGGCUUGAUGGCCAUCUUAAUUCAAAGGAAGAUCCAUGUGGGAAUAUUAUGGGUAUGAUGUUUCAUGGAUGCAUUGCCACUGCAGGUUUGGUGUCUUCCAUCUUGGAGAGGCUUGUCACGACUCCAGAGAUCCAGGAUAAGAUAUACUCAGAAAUUAUUAUGGUUAGGCAUGGAUUGUCAGAAGAUGCUCAAAAUGUUGAUAAGAUGGUCUUGCUUUUGGCAACUAUUUAUGAAUCAGCUCGCCUUCUGUCACCAGGACCUUUGCUGCAAAGAUGUUCUUUGAAAGAUGAUUUGAGACUCAAAAAUGGUGUAACUAUACCAGCUGGAGCAGUACUGGUUGUACCAGUGCAUUUGCUGCAGAUGGAUGAAACUAGUUGGGGGAGUGAUGCUAGCAAAUUUAAUCCAUAUCGGUUUUUGUCAAAAAUUGGAAAGGCGACUGAUUCAGAGCAGAAUAUUUCAUUUGCAGAGGUUGCUGAAGGGUCCGUUGACCCAACUCGGAGCUCAUUCAUUUUGAAAGAUCCAAAUGACAAUGCAGCAUUUCUUUCCUUUGGUUCUGGUAUCCGUGCGUGCGUGGGUGAGAAAUUUGUAAUCCGCGGGGUUGCCACUUUGUUUGCUUCAUUGCUCGAACGCUAUGAGGUGAGGCGUCAACCAAGACUGGGAAAUGACCCGAAAUCAAGCGGUCCAGAGAUGGUGUUUGUGAGGAGAAACAGUCAAGAGGAAGAUUAAGUGAGAAGGUUACCAUGCAUGAACGAGCUUUUUGAAUUGUUGCUUCAUCAAUUCGUUGUUGUAUACCCACUUAAACCGAAAAUAAUCGCUUCUUCAGAAUAGAUGGGGAGUCCUUUCCUUUUUUGCUCAGUAGCAGUAGCUGCCAAAGAGGAGGAGGUAGCAUGAGUGUUUUAGGUGUCAUGCUUUUUCUCUUCAUGUUUUUAGGAUGGCUAGAGCGCUGUCCUUAAUGCCAUGAUAAACCUGGUUUGGUUUUGAAGCACUCGAGCCUGCAUUCGCUGCCGAGCAGCGGUUUUCUUCCCCAUCUUUCAUCUUUGAAGCUGCUACUUAUUGUUGUUAUCAUUUCCCUAAUUGUUCUCUCCUAUGAACUUUCUUUUUUCUCUCUCCAAGAGGGAGUUUAUGUUGUAACUUGAUGCUUACAGAAUAAUGUGCAACAAUGUAAUAUAUUAUACUAUUUAUUUAUGAAUAAAUUCUCCAUGA